CAGAUUGAUAUUUCAGAGAAGAUGUCGUAUUCCAAGGCUAUUGAGCCGUUUAUCCAGAAGUAUCCAAGCUGGGUAUAUUUUACCGGGGUGGGAGGACGAAUGCUGAAGGAGAAUAAUUGGAAUACUGGAAUCAAAAAGAAUAUUCCUAAACAUUACAAGGACUUUUAUUUCACUUGGCAAAUUGGUCCUCAGCAACACAUUCAUUCUCGUCCCGGGACAAACCGGUUUGAGAAGGACGAGUGGGGAGAGAUACAUCCGGUUCAGAAUCCCCGGAUCCACGUGGUUUAUCCGGAGGAGUUCCACGCGGGUCUCUGGGGAGGAGAAGGUGUGAUUAAAGGUUUACUCAAGCGACCUGAAACUAGGCAUAGAUCCUUCAAACCUCCACCAGCUAAAUAUUUUUGGCCAAAAUUAUUUGAGGGAGUAGUUUACAGUGAGAUUCUGGAUAAACGAAUAGAACUAAUUAUGACCAAACGUGGAGUUCAUCUAGUUGAUGAAGCUGAAGGGUUUGAUAAUUAUCUAUUGACGACUCCUGUAAAUGAAGUUUAUGCAUGGAAACUGCUCAGGCUUAAACGAGAAAUACUUUUAACCCUAGCAGACAAGGAGAACUUUGCAGGUAGAGGAGGUAUGGUAGACCUAUAUGAGAAAUAUAAUCAAUAUAUUGUAUCUAAAGAACAAGCAGACUGGACUGGAUUAAAGCUUCAGGAAGCGAUCAAGAAACAGCUUGUGAUUGAACACAACAAGAUAGAACUGAACAAAGUCCCUCUGAAGGACAAGUAUAGAGACGAACUAGUCUAUCUUCUCAAACAAGGACAUCUAGAUGAUAUAGAUCUAGGACUGGUAGAGGACAACAAAGAGCCUGGGUUCCUGGGCGAUAUUAAGAAAAUGUUUAAAUAAAUUUGAUCUCAUUUAAAUAUCUUCCCUCCCCCUUUAUACUGAAAGCUUUCUAUUUCAGACACAAAUGUGUAAGGUUUGACCUUAGUCAAUAAUAUCUUAGAUAUAGUACGUUUGUGCAGUGGUCAGGAUGCGAGGAACCGGUUUAUAUAAACAGCUGAUUCGUUACGGACAACAGUUGCAGUACACUGACAAACAUUUCUUUUACAGAAGAAUUCGAGCUGAGUUCGAACAGAAUAAAAACCUACAAGAUAAACAAGCCAUUCAAUUUCAACUAGAUAAAGGCUGUGCAUUCUUGAGGAAUCGGCUGCUGGUUUAGUAAAGAAAUAAUUCAAGCGUGAUCACUGAUCAGCGUAUUAUUAAACAGUAGAAUUGUUUUUUUAAAAAGGUUGGAUUUAAGAAACUCCUCUCCAAGGAGCUUACCUACCAAGUGAACCCAUGUUAAAGAGUGAAUUCUAAAUUGGACAAUGGACAGAAACACCACCAGAUUUCAAUCAUAGACGAUGACCUUGAAAUUAUAUUGUGGUUUCCUGGUCUCAGGAAGACGACUUUUUUCUUCGUCUUCUUCAGUACUUGG